AUGGCCGAUGAUGCGACUCGCGUAACCCCUCAAGGCGGCAUCUUGGAAGGUGGGAAUCCAUCGCACUAUGACAAGAAAAACCCCAUCGUGAUCUUCAUCAUUCAGGCCAGCAUUAUCAUCAUCUUGUGUCGGGCGCUGCACUGGCCGCUGUCCAAGAUUCGCCAGCCUCGUGUCAUCGCCGAAGUUAUCGGCGGUGUCAUACUGGGUCCAUCGGUCAUGGGUCGCAUCCCAGGCUUUACAGAAGCCAUUUUCCCGGAUGCUUCGAUCCCCAAUCUCAACCUGGUGGCCAACCUUGGUCUCAUUCUAUUUCUGUUCCUCGUCGGCCUCGAAACCGACCUCCGCUUUUUGUUUAGCAAUUGGCGCGUGGCGGCCAGUGUGUCGGCCGCGGGAAUGAUCCUGCCGUUCGGCUUUGGAUGCGCCAUCUCCUACGGCCUGUACAACACCUUUCGUAAUGAGCCCGGUACGGUCCCGAUUAAUUUCGGUACCUAUCUGCUCUUUAUCGGUAUUGCCAUGGCUAUCACUGCAUUCCCCGUUCUAUGUCGAAUCCUAACGGAGUUGAAACUCCUCGGCACCAACGUCGGUGUGAUCGUGUUGUCUGCGGGUGUCGGCAACGACGUCGUUGGCUGGAUUCUCCUCGCCCUCUGUGUCGCUCUGGUGAACGCGGGGUCUGGACUAACAGCUCUUUGGGUUCUGCUCGUUUGUGUGGGAUACGUUCUCUUUUUGUUCCUUCUCUUCCGACCGGUGUUCUUGCAUUUUCUCAAGAAGACGGGAAGCCUGCAGAAAGGCCCGAGCCAAUCGGUGGUAGCGGUGACUCUUCUGAUCGCUUUGGCUUCCUCCUUCUUCACCCAAGUGAUCGGGGUCCACGCGAUCUUCGGUGGAUUUCUCAUUGGUCUCCUCUGUCCUCACGAGGAUCGAAGAUCUGGUCGCGGCGCUUUUUUGCCCCUGUAUUUCACCUUAUCUGGCCUCCAAACCAACCUGGGACUGCUUGAUACUGGGACGGUAUGGGGAUACGUGGUCGCCGUGAUCGCGAUCGCAUUUGUCGCCAAGGUCGUUGGGGGCGCAUUGGCGUCCAGACUUUGCGGCCUUCUCUGGCGGGAGAGCUUCUCCAUCGGUGUGUUGAUGAGUUGCAAAGGUCUUGUCGAACUGAUUGUCUUGAAUAUCGGUCUACAAGCCAAUAUCCUGAGCACCCGUACCUUCACCAUGUUCGUGGUCAUGGCGCUAGUUACGACUUUCGUCACAACCCCGCUGACCACGGCUCUGUAUCCGAAGUGGUACCAAAUCAAGGUUGACCGCUGGCGCCGCGGUGAGAUUGACUGGAACGGAAACCCCAUCCAAUCCGAUUCGCGCGGUAACAGCGUGGCGCUGGCCAAAGAAGAGCUUCAAGGUACAACUGUUCGAAGACUGCUGGUUUACUUGCGGCUUGAUGGUCUAUCCAGUAUUUGCACAUUAGCCGCCCUCCUCGGGCCUAGCCGUCUUGCUCAGCCUCCUCUCCCCAAAACGCAUCCAGACCAGAGAAAGUCCCAAACAAUGUCCCCGGAGCCAGCGGCUGAAGAGCUGGCUGCCACCGAGGUCGAGGACGCCCCUGCGCUCCAGGUGCAUGGGGUUCGGUUGAUGGAACUAACGGAUCGUGAUUCCAGCGUCAUGAAAGUAUCGGAAAUCGAGGAAUAUACGCUGUGGGACCCAGUGAUCAACACGUUUCGUGCUCGUCGAAUGGCGCGCGAGGAGUCUAGUGACCUUCUUCUCAUUCCGUGGAGUGAGACGGGUGGCAUGAGCGAGCAUCAAACCGGGCUCGGUAUUGAUGAAGCGAGCCGCUUCGCGAAUGGCCCGUACACCGACUUCGUAUCCAACGUGAUGCGCCAGUCUUCAUCCAGCGUUGGGGUUCUGAUCGAACGAAGUAUCUAUAGUCGUCAGACUCGUAAAUCUCUUUUUAAGAAACGAUCGUUCAGCGCCAUGAUGUUGCCUUUCUUUGGCGGAGACGAUGAUCGAUUCGCGCUGCGCUUUGUGAUGCAACUCGCCCAGAAUGACCAGGUUACCGCCACGAUUAUUCACAUCGAUGUGGCGCCGUCUCCACCUCAGGCUCCAGAGGUGGGCCAGAGUGCGCCAAGUAGCAGCACGCAGGACAAGUCUUCCAGUCAGGUCUCAAGCGCCCUCCAGGGAUCAGAGUCAGAUUCUAUCUUCUUCAGCGCCAUGAAGGACUCCCUUUCUGAAGAGCUGAGCUCUCGGGUCGUCUUCAAACGUGUCAGCCCAUCACGAGGCAGCACCGACGCUGUGGGUGUCGCGGUCACUGCCGUGAAAGAAGAGAUGGGUAAGGUUCCGCAAAAGGCCGGGAACAUCGUCGUGGUGGGACGAGGCAACAAUCGAGUGGAUCUCAGCGGCCCCUCUUCAUCCUCGCAGGAAGAGGUUGGCGCCGAAGCCAGCCGGGUUCUGGGACCGGUCGCACAGGCGAUGGUUCGUACCGAGAAUCGUAUCGUGGGUGAUGUUCUUGUGCUACAAGCUCGUGUGGGUGCUGUGGGUGGCCGGUAA